CCCGCCGUCCCAUACAUAGCGCCGAUAGUGCUGCUGUGCAACGAUAGGGUCAGUGCCCUGAUACUUCAGCACUGCUUCUCCUGCUGCUGCUGCUGAGGCUGUGUCAUUGUGCAUGACGGAAGCUUUUUCAGGAGACAGAAAGAGCUUGUUUUCUGUUUCUGCCGUUGGGAUUUUCGCCAGAGCUUGAACGGGCCGGCAAGCUUCUACAACACACAACGACACAGCCUGAUCAUGUCGGCUACCGUGGACUCCGCGUCACGACCAACUGUGCCGACCAGCUUGCGGGAGCUGCUCGAGAGGGUUCCACAAGUGCUCAACGCCCAGUCACCCGGUGCGCUUCACAUGCAGUCGCGCGCCAGCGCUGAUGCCAUGGAGAGCGUAAGUCGCGCCGAGGCGCGCUUGCUCAAGUCUGCGGAGACUUUUCAUCCGCAUACGUUCAGCGUGUCUGUACUGGAAAACCUUGGGCGCCGGGAUCCGUUUAUCGAGCCGGGCGACGAGGACUUCCCGGACCAGGCGGCCGACGACGACCUCGAGGCGGAGCGGCGGCGGGUAGACGAGAUCACGGACCGCGCUCUCUCCGAGCAGCAACCUCUCAGGUCCUCGGCCGAAAGAGUCGAGGAGCAGGCCAUGCACCUGCAGGAACGGAUAAAGGGCUUGACGCUGCAGGUCGAGGCGGACCCCGCUCUCCGUUCGUCCGGCGGCGCCAGGCUGUCGAUCAUGGACAAGGUCUACGCCGGGGAUGAUCGCGCCGACGAGCGAGAGGCGGAUAUCCGGAACGAGGAGACGUUGUUGAGGGAGGACAGCCAGGCCUUGGGUGCAGUCGAGGCGAAGAGAACGGUGCUGGCGGAGAGAGCAGCCGCCGUGCGGGCGGAGCUCUUGCUGCAGCAGCGAGAAGUAGACCUCCUGGAGAGGGAGCAACACGCGGUGGCGCUGGCAGCGGCGGAAACGGCGGCCACAGGAGCAGGAGGGGCGGCGGCAGGGUCGAACGGGUGGAGGGCGGAAGCCUCCAGGGAGAUGGAGAACCUCGUCGGGGUUGCGGGGAUGCCGGAAGCCCGGCUGGAGGCCUGCGAGCGUGAGGAGGACGCCCUCGUGCGGAGGAACACAGGAAUCCGGGACUGGUACGCAGCCACGGUCGCCGAGGUGGAAAACCUGGGAGGCGUUCGGCUGUCCCACCGGUUGCUCUUCGGCGCCGGCGCCGGCGGCAGGGUGGAGGGGAUGGAGUUCAUGGUGGGCCUCGGCUCGGGGCUGACCAUGGAAGUGACCGUAUCCGCGGUGGACGGGAAGCUUAGCUCCGCGCAGCUCUGCCACGGCCAGGGGGGCGGGGGGGCGGCGGGUUUUGCAGGGAUUUCUCCGUCCGAGCUGGAGGAGAUGAGGCGCGCCGCGGACGCGCUUCCCGCCCCGCAGAACCUGGGGAAGCUCGUAAUCGAGGCCCUGAGCCGGGCGACGUGCGCAGCGGUGAGGGAGGAGCACGUGCGGCAGGUGCGGCGUAGGUAUCUGACGGGGUACCGCUCGCCGAGCCGUGAGGUAACCGUCACGAUGGGCGCCGGGAUCGUGGCGUGUUUCCACCUGGCCGCGGACUAUCCGAAGGUGGUGGGCGGGGCGGAGGUGGUGGCGCUCACCGGCGUCGGCGGCUGGUCGGCGCACGAAACCAAGCAGCUCUGUCGCCGAGUCAACGACAUGGCCCUCCCGACGCUCAUGGCCACCAUGGACGUGCUUGAGGCAGAGGUGGAGGCCAUGGAAGGGGGUGAUUGAUUCGGUUCGGGCCGUGGGAGGAGGCCGUCAGGAGUAGCAGUGGUGGGUGAGGAGCCGAACGGGAGUGGGCUUGCCACGGGCACCCCUGGAAUCGGGUCGGCGUUGAAACCAACGUAACAGGGUCAACUACAUACGUAGUGCCAGACAGGACCACGUCGUCGACGGUGUGGCAUUCGCAGGCAGGAACGAGAGGGGGGGAUGGGUACCAUAUCUGGGCAAUGCUACACAGUACAAGGCGUUGUCCUGCGUCCGUUAGCUAAAACAGUGUUCGUUUGCUGGGGCGGCGCUCGGCCGUGCCCCCGGGUGGAGAAUAGGAAUGGUGAAGGGUUGCCGCGAACUUCCGCGCAAUGCAGGCCAUGUUUUUGUCACGGGGCGGUCGAAACAUUAUUUGAUUAUCUUCCCUUGUACAGCUGAUAAAACCUGACCAGAGUCAUGGGUCAGGCGUAGAUAUUGCUGUAGGAGUUGUUGCGAAAAAAAGGUAAGGAUCCAAACGCAGGAGGGCUGGGCGCGUUAUUUAGAAGAUGCCUCGGUUGCAUUUGACCGCUUGCACCUUUUGGGAGCAGUUCCUGGUAGGCGGCGCCAUUGAAGCAGGGGGUCAAAGGGCGAAAUCUGAAUCGUUUUCUUUUGCUGGGCGUGUAGAUCUUAGCGCUGUACGAACGUAAAACCGGGAAAUCGUUCGUUUUCACUCGUGCCUUGUUGUUUUGACCAAUGUGUCCUCGCUAGAGUUAUCGUUUAUUGAUCUGUUCGGAUUAGGAUAGGCGGGAAGCAAUAGAUGCUGAUGGCACUGAGUAUGACGUUGAGAGGGAUGCAUGGAAUGACAUUGAGAAUCUUGAGGUUGCUUCCUCGCGGCAGGUUCUGUCGAGUCCACUGGCGCCGCCCUUACGCUCACUCAAGCAGCGAAUGCCAGCAGGACGGCGAGAUGGGGUACGUGUAUGUCCGCUCUGUGUGCCACAGGUUCCAAGGAUUGAAGCAAGAAGGAGGCCCCAUGAGCAGAGGAACAAAGCAGCACCAAACUCGCCCAACGAGCGUAGACCACGAAACGACGUUCAUGCUGUAAAAGUAUUCGAGGCGGUGUCCUCCACCCAUGUUUUUCUUGUCCGUGCAUUUUUUCACCAGGUUUGACUUGAAGGGGGGCACUCUGAAUGGGAUCGAGUGGUGACCGGCGAACGUUCGUGAAUGCCGAGUAUCCGGCGUUGAGAUGAUGGACAUGGUUUGGGUGUGUUUCACUGUGGAGGUUAGACGAUCGAUGCUGCUUUUUCCGGCGGGAACAACAAGUGUCGUGCUGUAACACUCGCCUGAACUGUAUGUAUGGCUUUCGCGUUUGUCUCUUGUCUUGUAUAGACUAGUUAUGAUAUUUCCGAUAGUAUACGGAGGAAGCUAUCGCAUGUGAGCAAAGUUACCGCGGGCGUGCGAGAAUGCGGACCCGUCCAUUCUCUUUUGACAUGGUUAUUGGGUGGUAGUACUGCUGUGUGCGGCGGGAAAUGCCAAGAAAGUUUGUGAAAUGCCUUUCUUUUUUCCUUUCUUUGUUCGA